GAAACAGCUGAUGAGCUCAUCUAUAAACAGCUGGGGAUAGUCUCUAGGUUGCUACCUCUUGUCCUCAUGGGAGACUUAAAUCUUCCUGAUAUCUGCUGGAAGUACAAUACAGCAAAAAGGAAGCAGUCUAGGAGGUUCCUGGAGUAUGUGGAAGACAAUUUCCUCACACAACUGCACCUUGAGAAUGACAAGGAAGAUCUUCACCAAUACCAGGGAGCGAUGGAGGCAGCAAAAUGUGAACAGCGCCUUUGCCAAGCUGAGGAAACUCAUUCCCACCCACCCACCAGACAAAAAGCUGAGCAAGAAUGAGACACUCCGUUUAGCUAUGAGAUACAUCAACUUCCUUGUCAAGGUCCUGGGAGAGCCAGGCCUGCAGCAGACAGCAGUGGCAGCACGGGGCAGCAUCCUGGGGUUCUUCCAGCAAGCCCCGCACUUGCAAAGCAUGGAGGAGCUGAUGCUGAUUGAAAACUGUGGUGUCUCCUCUCCUGGCAUGAGCAGCAAUAUAGUAGAGUAUUGGUCAGAGACAUCAUCUCCCUAGCAGACAAUGAGACAUGCAGUGUUGGUGUUAGUCUGAUUGUCCCCCUCUUUUUGCAUAAUCUGUGGUUUGCUUCUCUAUGUAUUGUGAUUAUUUAUUUGUAUUUAUUACUGUUUUAUUUGGUAUAGGGUUUUAUUUAAUAGGGAAGGAAAUCUUUGUUCAGCCAACAACCUGGAAGACCAGGCAGAGAACUUGCAGCCCCUAGGAACUUGGAAGUGCUUACUGCUGUCACAGAAGAGUCCAAGCCAGAAGGGCCUUCUGCCUUGAUCUCAUCCAUAUAUCAGAUCAUAGGAAUUACUCCAGUGUUUCUUGCAGGGAAAGAGAUUAUUCUCCCGUGCUAUUUCAAGUAAACGCUACCAAGCUCAAGAAUGAUGACUGCACUAUAAAAUUUGUCCAAUCCUCAGUAGUGAGGAUUUUAAUGGGAUAUUUGCCACAGCCCUCCACUAGACUAAUUGCACUCACUCUUGAGCCUAUGAAUCUUAUUUCCAGCUUGAUUAUUGUUUUUUAAAGUAGAUAUCCUUGCCCUUCAACCUGGCUACAUCUUUCUGCAGCAGACUGGAGGAAUCCCUAGUGUUGGAACCAAAUGCUAUUAAACAAAAUCAAAUAUUUGGUUAAAGUAAAAAAAUGCAAAUUUAAAAUAAAAGAACAGAUAGUCAUAGAUGAAUUUCAGUCGGUUCAAUAGGCAGAGUAAACCUCCUCUGUGUAAGUGACAGCUUGCACGUCAAGAAAGCUGGUCAACUAUGCUCCUGCUGCCUUAAAAAAAAACAUUAAACAGGUUGGUGGCUAAAUGUCUUUGUUCUUCAACAGUUGUGGCAAUGGGGGAAGUCCUGUUUCUGGAGGGAGGUCCCAGGAAAUAGGCCUCAAUGAGGCACUGUGAAAACCUUCAUGGAAAUGCCAGUGAGCAGUGCACCUUCUGACGCUGAGCUGCCUUUUAAAUCCUCGCCAACUGCCAGAUACACCAAAUAAGCCAGGGCUGGCUCUGCUAAGUGUGGAUUGGGCUGUCCUGUGCAUUGACAAAGGUGAAGGUCUGAUAGAAAAAGCAGCUCACCCCAUCCAGGUCUGGUGCAUUAAGGUACAGGAGUACCAGUGGACAGAUUUUGAACAAAAUUAAAAAAAAAAACAAAACAACAAACUGAAAGUGUUCGUGGUGAUUUCAUUUUAGUUUUGAACAUUGCUAAUCAUCGGUUUGUAAUUCUUGCAUUUCUGAGCUUUCAGAGCCAAGGACUGCACCGGAGUGAAAAAUCACUUAGUCUUGCACAGUUCAUGAAAUCAGUACUGUUUUCUCCCCAUCUGUUUCCACUUCAGUGUUACUGAAUGGAGUCACAGCCUCUUAUGCACAGCACCUCAAAGGUAAUAAGUUCUCCUCGUAGCUUUCUGUUGACUUGCUGGGUGUUACAGUGAGACAAAUUUGUCCAAAUAAACCAGAGCACUUACUGGCAAGGUGUGAUGUGCUAUUUGGACUAUCAUCCCCUUGCUGUCCUAUGGAACGCAUGUUACAAAGGCAAGACAAAACAUCUUGUGAGUGGAAUUAUUGUCGAGAAAGAAACCUGGCAAUUUUGUUACAUAACAUUUGUUAUAUUUUCUAUCCUAAAAAGCUUCCCUUCUUGUUAUUGCUUUGGUUCAUAUCAGCUCUUUCUUUGUUGUCCUUUCCAUUUAGGAGCUCCCUACUCUCAUGUUCAACAUGUAUUUCACUAAAUCUAUCUACCAAAGAUAUUUUUUUUUCUGGUCAAUUUUAUUCUUUGUGUUUUGCGGAUUUCUUAUCUAUAUAAUCAUGAACAAAUACAGUGUAACUGAUCACAUGCUGUGCUGUAUGACAUUUUUAACAUCUAACAUAUUCCAAAUAAAGUACUUAAGAAACUAACCUUUCUCUUUUUAAAUGUCUAUAAAAUUUCAUUUUACAUUUCCAUACUGCUUUGUAGAAGAUACCAAAAACAUUACAAUGUGAUUUACAGUAGCCAAUUGUUCUGCUGUUCAACACUAAGGAAAGAGUCUUGGUGUUAGAGACAACAUUAUCAUGUGAUGAAGAAUGACAGGAAUUCUUUGGUUAUU